GUUUGACCAUUCCACAUUGGAAAUUGGAAUGACCACAAGUCAUCUAGAUUCUAGAUCGCUUGGUGUUCUUCAGUCACCACUCAACAGGAUGCCGUUCCUUCUCAAACAAAAGGAGAGCUGGAGCACAUCGACCAUGUCUCCAUCUUGCCACUUGCUGAAGCAGACAUCCUUCCAGAGCUCUUCUAACCAUUGACGAAUUUUGACGUCAGAUCUACUCCGUUUCCUUUCCUUUUCUUCUGGUGUGAUUAUGAACUGGUCUCGACGAAUUCAUGCCUGCUGCUUUGCUUUUCCUCUUUGGUUGUAGAUUAUCAGUCAAAGCUUGAAGGCUGAGGAAUGAUACUUCAGUUUCUGCUAUCUGCCCUCUUCCUCAUCACUGGAAUUUCAGCCGAUGAAUCGCCAGAUAUUACAGUAAUAGUUAGGGGAUCUGAUUUAUUAGCUGAGGUUGAUGACAGUUUUGUGUGUGCGACUCUUGAUUGGUGGCCUCCUGAGAAAUGCAACUAUAAUCAGUGUCCUUGGGGACAAGCUUCAGUUCUCAAUCUGAACUUGACUCAUCCAUUCCUAGCUAAAGCCAUCCAAGCUUUCGAUCCUUUGCGAAUACGCAUUGGAGGCUCAUUGCAAGACAAAGUGGUGUAUGGAGUCCCUAGUUUGGAGUCUCCAUGUCUUCCUUUUUCGAAGUCGACUGGUUUGUUUGGUUUCUCUCAAGGGUGCUUGAGCCUCGCAAGGUGGGAUGAGCUAAAUCUUCUAUUUGAGAAGGGAGGUGCAAUUAUCACAUUUGGUUUGAAUGCGCUAAACGGAAGGGAUAGUCUCGACAAUGGAAUGUGGGUAGGCAAUUGGAACUCCACGAAUUCUCGUGAGUUCAUCGAGUACACGAUUUCGAAAGGAUAUCAGGUUGAUUCAUGGGAAUUCGGGAAUGAAUUGAGUGGAAGAGGUGUUGGAGCAAGGGUCAGUGCUGAACAAUAUGCACAAGAUGUGAUUGAACUUAAAGCCCUUCUCAAGGAGUUAUAUCGAGAUUCGCAUACAAAGCCAAUUCUUGUUGCCCCUGGAGGAUUCUUUGAUCAGCAGUGGUAUGCUCAGCUUCUUCAGGAUUCAGGUUUAGGAGUCGUCGAUGCAUUGACACAUCAUGUGUACAAUCUUGGUGGAGGUGAUGACUCCCAUAUUGAAAGCAAAAUAUUGAACCCCUGGUACUUGAGUCAGACGGCAACCGAUAAAUUCCGAAACCUCCAACUGACUAUAGAAAGACAUGGACCAUGGUCCAGAGCUUGGGUUGGUGAAGCAGGUGGUGCAUACAACAGUGGAAAUCGUCAAGUAUCAAACAAAUUUCUCUAUAGCUUUUGGUACUUGGAUCAACUUGGUAUGGCAUCCAAGUACAACACCAAGGUUUAUUGUAGACAGACCUUGAUCGGCGGAAACUACGGGCUCCUUGACACAAACACUUUCGUCCCAAAUCCUGAUUACUACAGUGCAUUGUUGUGGCACCGGCUAAUGGGGAAGGGAGUUCUUUCUAUUGAUAUGAGUGGCUCAUCUUAUUUGCGAGCUUAUGCGCUUUGCGCGAAACGAAAGUCAGGCAUAACUCUGCUCCUGAUCAACCUGAGCACAUCCAUCAAGUUCAGUGUGACCGUUCGAAACGAUCUCAACGUCCUUCUUGCCGAAGGAGGCGGCAUUCAGUGGGACAAUGUCUUCAUCCGCACUCUAAAGAGAACAGUCUCCUGGAUUGGGAGGAAAGCAUCAGAUGAAUCAGUGCACAGAGAGGAGUAUCAUUUAACUGGAGCUGAUGGAAAUUGUUUGAGCCAAACUGUGCUGUUGAAUGGCAAUCCGUUGGAGCUUGUCGAUGGAGAAAUUCCACAACUGGUUCCUGUUUAUGCUCCGGCCAACUCCCCCGUAAAGGUUGAUCCUUUGUCUAUUGCAUUUGUGGUCUUCCCCAACUUUGAAGCUCAAGCUUGUAGUUCAUGAGUUUGGUCAAGUAAAAGGUGUAUAUAAUUGAUAUGUUUAGGGAUCAAAGAAAGUACAUGUAAGUGCAUAGAAAAUUUUAACAGUAUAUAAUAAUGGGCAAAAGUCCAGAAGGUACCCUUUUUUUUCAAAUCAUAAAAGGACGAUCCAUUUUUAUUUUUGCUUUUC